GAAAUCGCUGAUUCUCCCAACGCAGGUAAGACAGAAUCAUCGAUUGAAUGAAUUGAAUGAAUUGAUUGAAUUGAAUGAUUUUUGAUCGGGUUUUGAAUUGAAUUGAAUGAAGGGAAUGAAGGGAAUUGCAGAGAACGAUCAUCAAGAGAUUUGUGAUUGAAUGAAUGAAUGAAUAGAUGAGUUUUGAAUUGGCUUGUUUCUCCAUUUCGUUUCCACUUUUCCACUCAUUUCGUUUCAUUGAUUCUCUCUUUUCUCUUUCUCUCUGCUUUGUUCGUUUGUGUUUUGUGUGUUUCCCUUCCUCCCUUCGCAGCUGUCACCGAGGCAGUCGAGUUCUGUCUGUCCUCGCAACAGAGCUGCCACAUCAACAAACUCUACACACACCAUACUACCCUUUUGAGGGGUGAGACUGCGGAGUCUCGAUCUUGGAAGGUGUUGAACGCAUCGAGGACCCGCAUUGCCUGGCGGAAAUCGCGAUGUCGCAACGACAAACUCACGCUCUCUAGGUCUCCAAGAUGUGCAUGUGGGCGCUGCAGCAGAGCGACGAGUUCUUCGACGAGAAGCUCAACGAAGUUCGCUACGGCGGAGGCAUCUGGAAUCUCAUCUCCAACGUGCUGCAUCUCACGCGCGAGCAGAAGCACGCGAUUCUGUGCAGCCGGCAGGGGACGGUGCAGCAGCAGGAGAACGUGGGAAUGGCGAUGGACAUCAUCGAUGAAGUGCAGAAGCGAAUGGAGAAUAGCAUGAAUAGCAUGAAGGAGCAGCUGAAGGGGAUUGUGAAUGUGCUGACUCCGGAACAACAAGUUGAGUCCCUUCUGUUUAUUCAGAAGGUGUUGCAAGAACCGAGGUCGCAAGAGUCGAUCUUUAACACAUUGAAGAAAAGGAUCGAUGUUCAGGAAAAUGAGUCUUCUUCCACUCCAGAAGAAGAAGAAGAAGAGGAAGGUAAUUAG